AUGGGUUCAGAAUCUCAAUACCAGAUUCCGGCAAUAGAAUUCGCAAUGAAUUCGCCAGAAGUGAACCGAGGAACUGAUGAGUGGUACCAUCUGUGCAAGAAGGUUCGAGAGGCCUGUGAAAAUUUUGGUUGCUUCGAAAUUGUGUAUGAUAAGAUACCUCCGCAGUUAAGAGCAGAAUUCUUCUCUGCGUCAAGAAAACUUUUUAGCCUUCCACUUGAGACAAAAAAGAAGAACAUUAAUCCAAAUCCUUACUACGGUUACCUUGGACCGAGUGUUCUUGCUCCCUUGUAUGAAGGCUUUGGCUUUGAUGAAACAUCCGACUAUGAAUCCCUAAGAAGCUUCACAGAAGAAAUAUGGUCUCGUGACCAGCUUUGCACUGUCCUUUCUAUGAUGAAGAAGCUGGACGAGCUGAAAGAUAUGAUUAACUUGAUCAUUCUUGAUAGCUAUGGUUUGGAAGAAUCAUCAAAUUUGAUAAUGGUGUCUAAGAGGCUGAUACGGUUAAUGAAGUACGCGGCACCUCCAUCAGGGGAGUACACGAUGGCUUCUCCGGCUCACACAGACAAGAAUUUUGGCACAAUCCUAUGCGAUGAUCAAGUUUCAGGUCUUGAAGUACAAAUCAAGGUCGAUGAACAAUGGGUCAAGUUGUCUAUAUCUCCUCGCUCUUUCGUCUUUGUCGUUGGAGACUCCCUCAUGGCAUGGAGCAAUGGCAGAAUGCAUUCUGUGAAUCAUCGGGUGAUGAUGUGCGGGGAAAAAGAACGAUAUUCCCUAGCAGCAUUUGCACAACCAAUAGAGGGUUCCAUCAUCAAAGCACAAAAGGAGCUAGUAGAUGAAGACUACCCCCAAAUUCUAAAUGAUUUCGAUUAUACCGACUUUUGCAAGUUCAUUGGUUCAGAAGGAAGAGCCAUCGACACACAAAAGCAAGUUUUCGCGUUUGCUGGAAUUGGAAAUUAA